AUGGAAGCAACCAACAACACGGGCAGCAACGCCAACGAGAUCCUCAAGUUAGCAGCACUGAUCCUGCUGGUUCUCGCCAUCAUCGCCAUCAUCAUGUUGGCCCUCCACUUCCUGUGGAGACAAGAGAGAGAUGCUGCAUCUAAUCCGCGGCGCUUCGGCAACCCAGACGUGGGACUCUUUUCGAGCCAUGAGCUCAACCAAAUGGGCGACGCGAUCCUGCUCACCGAGAUUCCCACAAGACCUCGGGCCGCGCGACGCGCGCCCAACACAUUUUGA